AUGCAUGUUGCACAGGUAACUUUUGAGGCACCUCAAAUGUUGGUGGAGAGGCGGAAGGUGGCGGAGGGGCACGUGGCUCGGCUGCUGCACGAUCGUGUGCCGCUAUUCACUCUCUCUUUCUCCCUCGGUUGCUGGGAUGAGAAGGAUCGGAAGGAGAAGGAGGAAGAGGGUGAGAAGGAUAAGAGGGGUGGGGCCGAGGACAAGAAGAAGAGAGAUGGGGAGAAGAAGAGGAAGGAUAGAGGGGAAUCGGAUGAGAGCGAGGGAGAGGAGGAGGAGCUGGAGGAGGGCGAGGACAGGCCAAGGGGCAGCAAGCAGGCGAGGAAGAGUGGUGAGGGGUCUGAUGAGGAAGGGGAGGAGCGAGGGAAAGCGAAGGAGUUGGAGAAAUUCAAGGCGAAGGAGAAGAAGAAGGAGCACAGGAGGAGGUCAAGGAGGGAUGAGAGCGAGGAUGAGGAGGAUGAGGAUGAGGAAGAGAGGGAGAAGGGUGGGAAGAAGAGGGAGAAGAGGGAGAGGGAGGAGGAGAAGGAAAAGAGUCGAUCCAAGGAGAAGCGAGAGAAGGAUGAGAAGGACGAGAAGGGGAAGGGGAAGGAGAAGGAGAAGGAGAAGGAUAGGGAGGAGAAGAAGAAGGGGAAGGGGAAGGACGAUAAGGAAAGGGAGAAGGAGAAGGAGAGGAAGCACAGGAGGAGGCAUCGGGAUGAUGAGGAGGAUGAGGAGGAGGAGGAGGAUGACAAAGAAGCUCGAAGGUCCAAGCGCAGCAAGGGCAGCAGCGACCACCGGCGGUCCUCCCGCAAGGCAAGGGCGGCGGCUCUCUGUCUGUCUCCUUGCCACCCUGACCAUGAGAGCGACAGUGAUUCAGAGGACAGCGGGCACAGGAGCAGGGAGCGAGAGAGGAAGCACCGCAGCAGCAAGUCCAAGAAGUCGUCGCACCGCUCGCGAGCAGAUGAUGACCUGGAGGACGGGGAAGUGGGCGCGUCACCCACAGUCGUGCCCCAUACAGCCCGUCUAUUCCACUGGAUAAGCUACCCUCGCGUUCCCCUUACCGCACCAUCGCCGCACCCCCCGCGUUCCCCCGCGCCGCCGCACCCGUCGCGAGUGGCAAUGGCGGAAGCCGCAAGUCACACCAAGGCUCUCGCCGCCCCUUUCUCCAUAGCGCUCGCUCCUCCGCAUGCGGCGGUGGCGGUGAAGGGCCCGAAUUCCUCAGCGCCAAAGGCGGCGCCAGAUGCGGCGUCAGUUGCGGCGCCAGUCGCGGGGGAGAUGGAGGCGCCGUUGAUCGAGCCGUCGCACUCGCUGAGCGAUAGCAUGCCCGCUGGCACGCGCGUGCUACUGGAGAGGACCAGCUCCGCUCUCUUCAUCCGCAUCCCGCCCCUCCACCCGGCCAAAGCGGCGCUCGGCUUCGUGUUUUUUGCUUUCCUCGCGCUGAUGCCACUGCUGCUGCCUCUGAUGCUCGAUGCUGCUGUGCCCACCGGGGAGCAGACACCCCUUCCGCCCUUCACGCCUGUUGUCUCCGCUCUCUGCGCACUCAUGGCAGUCCUGAGCGUGUGUGCAGCGUUCACAGUCCGCACGAUGCGAAUCGACGGCUCACAGCUGCUGCACACGUGGCAGCUGUUUGAUUGGAUCAUCCACACCACCAUCCCCACUGCAUCUAUUGUUCGCGUCUCCCUCUGCAAAAUGGAGAGGCGCUUCACCACCACGUAUUUCUGCCGAGUGGCAGCAGCAGACGGCAAGCAGCUUGACUUCGGGGGGCAUCUGUCGCGAGAGGAGAACGUGUGGCUGCAGCACGAGGUGUCCUCGUACCUGCUCGGCCUCGCUGCGGAGUCCGUUUGA